AUGCUUGGUUGCAAAAAUGUCGCUGGCAAUGGGUGUCAGUGUCGUGUAUGUCGCGGCCCGUUGGUGCUUGUCGCGUCGCGUUGUUUGUUCAUGUCGCGCCCGCAUCGCCAAAUGUCGCCAACCACCAUGAACCUUUUCCAGGGCACACGGUUUCUUCUCUUGCAGGAAGCCGAAACCGCCGAAUCGGAUCUUGCAGAAUGGCGCCGGCUCGUGGCGUCUCAGGGCGGCUCUUCCCACCUCGCUGCGGCCUCCGACGCCCGAGCUAUCGCGCAAAACGACAUUGACCAUAUCAUCUCCCAGCACAGCAACUUUGCCGCCGCCGGAGAAGCGGCCGACCGCAUGAUUCCCGUCACGACGGCCCAGUGGCUUGUGGACUCGGCGGACGCGGGCCAAAAAAGAAACUAUCGGCUCUAUUCUCCGAGCCCGCUCCCGUUCAUGGAUAAAGUGGUGAUUUGCGUGGCAGACAACAUUGCCGAGGCGGACCGCGAGGCCAUAUACACGUGUGUGCGGGCGUUUGGCGGCCAGUACUUGGACGCCUUGUCCCGGUAUACGACGCAUCUUGUGGCGACAGAUCUUUCGAACGGAAAAAGUCUUGUGGCGGCCAGUGUUCGGCGCGAGGAGCAUGAUAUCCAGAUUGUGCUUCCACAAUGGGUGUACGACAGUAUGAGAGAGCAGCGGCGGUUGCCGGAGGCGCCGUAUUUGGUGGCGGGGAUGCUUGAAAGGAGGGGAGAGAAGAAGGAAGAGAGGAAGGACACGGAAACUGACGAAUCAAACGAAUCUGAAAAAUCUGAGAACGAACCAAACGAACAUGAAAAAUCUGAAGAAUCUGAAAAAUCUGAAAAAUCUGAAAACGAAACAGAGAAGACACAACGGAACGAAAGUGACCAGGCAUUGGCCUUGCGCGGAAAAACCAUCGGUGUGGGCGAAAACUGGCUCAGCCCGCCCCUCCAGGCGGCCGUCGAGGCGCUCAUUGUGCGAUGCGGCGGCGCGCUCGCCCCGCCAGACCAGGCGGACAUUGUGCUUUCGCGCCACCGGUCGACGCGCGCGCCGCGCCGCGCCCAAUCCGCCUCGCUCUUGUGGCUCUUUGACGUGGCGCGCCGCCGCAAAUACUGCGCGCCCAAAAAUCUUCUCCAUGUGCCUGCGCCGGCGCAAAAAAUCCCCGAGUUUGCCAGGCUCCGCAUCAGCGUCACAGGCUACAGCGGCGACGCGCGGCACUACUUGGCCCAGCUCCUCAGCGGCAUGGGCGCCGAGUUCACCAAAACUUUAGACAGCCGCAACGAUUUUUUGGUGUGUGCGCGGGCGGCGGGCGCCAAGUUCCAUGCGGCGCAGAAUCGCUGGAAGGUGCGCGUGGUGAACCAUUUGUGGGUCGAGGAGUGCUAUGCGGCGUGGCGGUAUUUGGAGCCGGCGCGCGCGCGGUACACAAAAAUCGGGGCGGGCGUCUUGGGGCGCGGGCGCGAAAACGUGGAGGAGAAUGAAGAGGAAAAAGGAGAGGAAAAAGAAGAGGAAAAAGAGGAGGAGGAAGAACAAAACGAAAAAGCAACAGAGGAGGAAGAGAAUGGGCUGGCCAGUCUUGUCGUUGCAGUGGAGACGAACACGGCAGGCGAAUCAGGCGAAUCAGACGAAAUGCAAAUAAACACGGCCAAAUCAGACACGCCCGUUGUAUCAGAAAAAGCGGAAUCAGACAAGGAAUCGGAGGAACCAAUAGCCAUUUCGGGCCAUCCAGAUGUGUCGGACCAUGCAGACAAGUCGGACCAGUUAGACCAUGCAGACAAGUCGGACCGUUCAGACACGCAGGACCUUUCUGUGUCCCAGGCGUCCAUCUCGCCCGCCCAGAGAAUCAUCGACGUGCCGUCCCAGCUGUCGCCGGUCCGGGCCAGCCGCUCCGCCAAACAAAAGGCCUCCGCCAAACUCCACACAGACAUGGAGGACUUGAACCAGUACACGUCCAUGGCCAAGUCCGUCCGCAAGAUGAGAACGUACAUGGAGGAGCUCGAGCAGUCGGCAAAGCGGCGCACGGCGUCGCCCGAGCCGCCGCUGAAGAAGGCCAAGACAGAAAAACCCAAAGCACCCAAAGCAGAAGCAAAAACCAAAGCAGAAGCAAAAACCAAAGACGCCAAAAAAACACUGGAUGUCCAUGUGGUGGCCGUCAUGACCGGCUGCGAGCAGGACUUGCUGUUGGCCCGGGCAGACAUUGUGCGUCUUGCCCACGCCGGCAUCAGCAUCGUCAACGACUACAGCCCGAAAAAGCACAUCGACACCAUCAUUGCGCCGCGUGUUCUCCGCACAGAAAAAGUUCUUGAAGAGCUUGAGCAAAGCCCGCCGCAUUGUGCAUCCGCUGUAUGUGGCCGAUGUUCUAAAACGGCUUUCGGCCGUGGAGCUUUCGUGGCAAGACCUCAGCAAGGAGUUCAAUAUCGACGACUAUGCUUUGGAUAA